AUGGCCUUUCUACUCUACAAAUACAUCAAGAAGCAGGCUGCUCAGCGCAAGGCUGCCCAAGCUGCUGCCACAGCGGAGACAGGCUCUUUCACGCCUGAUGUUCCAGGGGCGCAACACCAGAAGCCGGCCAAGACUCACAAUGGCCUUAUCCAAGAAGGGAGCGCAACGACAGACUCGAUCAAUCAUCAGCCUGUCGUCGAUGAACAGGAAGCAGCACGCGUCAAAGCAGAGAAGGCAGCGAGGAGGAAGUACCGCUGGAAAAUGGUUAUCGGAUUGAUACUUCCAAACUUCCUGGCAGCGGCUGAUGCGACUAUAAUCGCGCCGGCUGUGCCUAUUAUAUCGUCGCAUUUCAACCACCUCGGCAGUGGGUUCAAUUGGAUCGUGACUGCAUACACCCUCACCCUAACCACCUUCGCGCCCACCUCUGGCCAAAUCGCCGACAUCUACGGCCGCCACACAGCCCUCCAAUUCCACAUCUUCUGCAUCAUGAUCGGCUCCGUCUUCUGCUCCGCCGCCAAUUCCUGGGGCAUGCUCCUCUUCGGACGCGCCCUAACCGGAGUCGGCGGCGCGGGCAUCAUGCUGCUCACGAAAUUAGUCCUUUCCGAUAACGUCUCUCUGGCCGACAAUUCUAAGAACAACUCCAUCUUCAGCUUAGUCUCCGGGAUCAGCUACGCAAUUGGUCCCGUCAUCGGCGGAUAUCUCGCCGAAGCGAGCUGGCGGUACUGUUUCGUCGUCUCGAUCCCCGUGGCGUUCGUCUCGCACCUGCUCAUCUUCUUCCUGAUGCGCAAGGACUUAGUCAAGGGGUCCGUCUCCGGAACGGGCUAUGGCGGCUACACCCGCGGCUUGUUGGCCUUCGACUGGGUCGGAAUCGUCCUCUUCAUCUUCGGCGUCGGGCUCAUCAUCCUAGCCAUCAUGUGGGGCGGCACCGAAUACGCCUGGUCCUCCGCCGCCUUCAUCGCUCCCAUCACUAUUGGCGCCGUCCUCUUCAUCCUCUUCUGGACCCACGAAUUUCUCCUCGAGCCCGGCCGCGUCUUCGCUCGCACAUUCAAGCGCACCGUCGCCAUGAUCCCGUGGCACCUCUUCUCCAGACACGACACCUUCCACCUCAUGACCAUCAACUUCGCGUCCGGCGCCGCCCUAUACAGCGCCUUCUACUUCAUUUCCAUCUACUGGGAGAUCGCCGAGGGUUACUCGGCCAGCAAGGCCGGCGUGCAGCUGCUCUACUACACCCCCGGGCUCGGCGUCGGCGUCUACUCCGCCAUGUUCCUCUGCAACUACUGGCCCGCGCAAACCUUCUAUCCCCUUUUCUUCGGCAGCGUCACCGAGUGCGCCGGGCUCGCCGCGCUGAUCUACGCCGUGAGCGUGCGGCACCGGGCGCUGGUGAACGGCAUGAUUGCCAUCGCGGGCGUCGGGACGGGGCUGCGCUUUAUGCCGCAAACGCUCCACGUGGCGGGCAUCUGGCCGACGCGGUUGGCGGCUUGCAUGAGCCUCAUGAGCUUCGUGUUCCCGUUCGGCGGCACGAUUGGGAUUUCGAUGAUGGGCAGCGUGUUUUCGAAUAAGUUUGAUGAGUAUGUGGGGAAGAUUGCGCCGCCGGCAGGGCGCUCGGCGUACAGCGGACACGAUUUGCAGAACUUGACGACGAUUGCUUCGUUGCCGGCGGGUGUGCAGGAGGAGAUCCAGAACGCGGGCGCAAGAGCUGUGAUGUGGGCUUUCAUCAGCAUUAUGCCGUUUAUGCUGCUUUCGAUUAUUGCCGCGGCCUCGUUGGGUAACGUAUGGAUUAAGAAGGGGGGAUCCGGGGACAAGAAUGAGAAGGGAGGAGUGAUUUAUGGGUCUUAUCUGCUGGCUUUAGCAAAGGGAACUGUUGGAGCAGAACGGGUGGAAAGAGAUAGUGUAGAGAAGCAUGAAAACGAAAAGAAUAAGGAAUUGGAGGGAGAUGGGCGUGGUAGGCAGGGACACGAUGAAGUGGUAUAA